CCUACCGGCACUGAGGUCAGGUCAUGAAAGUAUUGACAGCAGCGGUUCCUCCAUAUCGUCCUAAACCUGCCUUAACUACCUUCUCUGUCGUCCCGCUUAUUCUCAAAAGUUGAGCGCAACAUAACCAACAACAGUAAUACGAGCACCAUGGCUAUUCCUCCACCGUUUGCAGACCUUGGAAAAUCAGCAAAGGACGUUUUCAAUAAAGGAUAUGGUUUUGGACUGGUUAAACUUGAUGUGAAAACACAGACUUUAAGUGGAGUGGAAUUUAAAACCUCUGGCUCGUCCAUCAUUGACAACAGCAAGGUCACAGGAUCCCUGGAAACCAAGUACAAGUGGCCUGAAUUUGGCCUGACGUUCACAGAGAAAUGGACCACCGAAAACACACUUGGAACAGGAGUUUGUGUCGAGGAUAAGAUCACCAAAGGGCUGAAACUCAGUUUUGACACAACAUUUUCACCAAAUACUGGCAAAAAGAGUGGCAAGAUCAAGACGGCUUAUAAAAAGGAAUACGUCAAUGUUGGUCUUGAUGCAGAUUUAGAUUUAGCUGGUCCUACCAUUCAUGUUGCAGCAGUGGGCGGCUAUGAGGGCUGGUUGGCUGGCUACCAGAUGACCUUUGACUCAGCCAAAUCUAAGAUGGCCCAAAACAACUUGGCACUUGGCUACAAGACAGGGGACUUCCAGCUCCACACCAAUAUAAAAAAUGGUUCAGAGUUUAGUGGGUCCAUUUACCAGAAGGUAAACGAGAAACUGGAGCAUGCCGUGAAUGUUGCCUGGACAGCAGGCAGCAGCAGCAGCAGUCUCUUUGGACUUGCUGCCAAAUACCAGCUAGACUCCAGUGCCUCCGUAUCAGCUAAGGUGGAUAAUGCUGGCUUGGUAGGAGUAGGAUACUCCCAGAUUCUGAGGCCUGGUAUCAAACUCCUCCUCUCUUCACUUGUGGAUGUGAAGAAUUUCAACGCGGGUGGUCACAAACUCGGUCUGGGCCUGGAGUUGGAGGCUUGAGGAUCUGCUCUGCCAAUGCAUCAUGAGAAGAUUUUUCUUCUGACCCUGAGUGUUCCUGUGCAGGUGGCAACAUGAAUUUUAAGAGAUAAAAGAGCCAAAUGAACCAGUAACUGAAUUCUCAACCAAGGUCAAGAUGGAAACUUAACAGAAGUCUGAUUUCAUUGUCAUUAAAGUAACUAAUCAUUUGUUAAGUCACUCCUCCUGCCACUGUAUUCUCUGUAAUCAAAGAAAAACUCUCCUAUUGAUGUUGGAAUGUUAACAAUCUGGGAAUGGUUAAAAGAAAACAAGUGUGAUAAUAUAAAAUGGAUUAUAGAGCUGUUAGUUUGCACAGUAGAACACCUGCAUCUAAUUUAGCUCUCACUCCUUUGUGUGAUUUGCACAUUUUAUUCAUUAUUUAGUGGGGGUGUUUUGUUUUGGAUGGAUUACAUCCGCAGACUAUGCUUAUUCAAGAUUGGCUCACUUUCAUUUUUCUGCCAAGAGAACCUUAACUGUGCCGUGUGAUGAGGUUUAACCUCCACCACCUUAAAAAUGCCUGCUUUUAAGAUGCAAGUGAAAAACUAUGAAUUUUUUCCCUCGGUGUGACAGGAGUGUAAGAAUAUUGGUGUGUAUCAAUCAGUUUUGAGGACUGUGGCACUUGAUCUGGAGGUGGUUUGUAUGCUGAUGUGUGUCAACCUUUGCAAUAAAGCCCUAAAAUCAA